AAGUCACGAACAAAACUCUCCGGCAACAAUGGCAGCAAAACGACCAUCGAGAGCGGAGCCAUUCUGGUCGGCCUGGUGAAAGAUUCAAAUGCGGUUAUUCCAGCGCACGUCAUGUUUAGCUCCGAGCGCGCCUCACUUUACAGCAUGAUGGUGACCCUGUUGGUGCAUAAUCCGUCUUACUUGUCCCGCGUUAUUAGCCACGUCAAGUACCACGAGUGCGACGCGCUCUUGUCUAUUGUUUUGGACUCAGUUUUUGGCUCUCCGGCGUACGAGCCCGCGUUGACCGCAUUGUUCACAGAGAUAAUCGAGAUCGAGGUCGAUCGCACCACAACCAUCGACACAGUGAUGCGCAACGACGCGCCCAGCGUCCACAUGCUCUCGGCGUACCUGCGGAAACAGAGCUGCCUCGAGUACCUACACAUUGCCGUCGGGCCGACAAUCCAAACUAUUGUGAGGCUUGGCACCAGCACCAGCCUCGACCCGGACCUAGUCAGCGUCUACCAGGACUGGGCACGCACACAGCCUUUGCGCAAGCUGCCAUUGGUCGUCAGCGAAUCCGAAGCCGCGUCCUACACCGAGGUGCAGAACCUCAGCCGGCGGCGCCACCGGCACCUCACUUACCUCGCCACCCACUGCCUCGGCGACAUCACUCGCGCGCGCAAACACAUCCCGUUGGGGCUUCUCUCCAUCUGCCGCAGCACACUCCGCGCGACCAAGCGCAAAUUCCCACAGGUCGACCAGGCAAAGGCGUUUUCGCUGGUCGGCGGUAUUUUUUUCUUGCGCUUCGUCAAUGCCGCAUUGACAUCGCCCAAUCAGUAUGGGCUUUUGGACUUUGUGCCCCAGGCUGCGAUGAAGACGAAUUUGAAGCUGGUCGCUAGGCUUAUCCAGAGACUGUCGAAUAACUCGGCGAAGCCCGUAGAGGAAUGGCCGGUGGAUGAGCGCAGGUUUAUGCGCGCUAAUGUUAGCCGGUUCCACUCGUUCUUGGGCUCGCUGACUAUGGGCGCGUCGGUUGCGCUGGCCACUGGGCCAGGAGCGGAGGGGGCGGCGGAGGCUGUGGUGACAGCAUCGACAAAUUCAGCGGUGACGGCAGCAACAGCAGCAGCAGCGACGGCAGAAGACGCAGUGAGCUCCGAUGAUGAGCGCAUGUUGGCUCCCCGAAACCGACGGUUCCGCAGCAUGCCAGAUACCAACGCAGUCUGCAACAAACUGGCCUCUGCAGCGGCGGGAGAAAUAAUCAGUAAGCUGGCACCUGAGCAGGAAAAGCAGCAGCAGCAGCAAUUGGCUUCCGAAGUUUCGCCCGGCAAAGGCUAUGUGCGCUCGCUGUAUAGGGAAGACACAGCAAUAGGGGUGUCCUUUGCCCCCACUGCGGCCAGCCCGAUGCCCAGCUCAAGGUUGCCCUCGUUAUUCCUUCGACCGCUGCCACCACUGCCGCACCACAAGUCAAUCGACCAGCCACGGACGGCCCAUAGCAGCAACCUCCAAACCACACAUCUUUCCUUGUCCACGGAAAACGUCAGUGUGCAGUCCGUGGGCAACACACCCGACCUCUCGGAUCCAGCCUCUGCCCUGGGCUCAAGGCAAGGCAGCCAUGUGGUCCUGGCCCUUAAUGACCUGUAUUUGCUGCAAAAGUACCUGGUAAUGUACGAGGACGCGUGGAUGCCCGGCGAGCAAGAGGGAAAAAAAGACUGGAUGGAGUUUGCCACCAAUGGUGUUGGUGGGAAGAAGAGCCUGGAUGAGGGCGGGUUUGCUAAGGCGCCGAUGCGAAUGUGUAUUGAUGAGCUGGGUCCUGCUCCGGCACAGGUGCCGGUUUUGAAUAAUCAUCGAACGAGGAUACCGCUGAUGGCGGACAAUUCAUUGUUUGUUUAAUUGAUGUAAAAUUUUCAGUUUUUCAGUUUUUUUCUUCUCUCGUCUGUGCCAGCCACAUGCACACACAACUACCAGUUUUUUUUAUAAAAAAAAAGAGGUUACUCUGAAAAAUGGAAAUAAAAAAUUGAAGUAACAAUGCCCAGUUGAAAAGUCGAUUGAUCAAUGCAUGAAUCCAAU